UGAUAUCUCCCGGCGGAAGAACUGUGCGAAUGAGCAAAACUCGAUUUUCCAUCUCUGCAUGCUAAUAUGGGGCAGUUCCUCUUAAUUGUGCGCGAAGUUUAUUUUUUGACGCAACGUGACCAUAGUGUGAGAGAAUGCAAAUAUUUUAUCGUUCCUGACACUGUAGAUGGGAGGCUACACGACACGACGUCUGCGAAUAAACAUCGUCAUAUAUACUUAAGGUCUCCUCCCAGUAACCGCAAAAAGGGGAAACGCUGCGUUGUAAAUGCGGGUGGAGGCACUGCGGACUUGAACACGGAAUUCAGCGACUCGAAAUGGCUGCGAGGAAGGCUGUUCUAUUCGAUCUGUGGGGCUGCGUUCAGACCCCGCGGCUUCAUCACAUCUUUAAGAAAUACGAGGAGUCCCUCGGGCUGCCCAGGAAUUUUAUCCAUGAGACAGUUGUGAAAGGAGGACCUGGGAGUGCUUUGCACAGAGCAGAGCUGGGGAAGCUAACGCUGACUCAGAUGAUUCCAGAGAUGGAGGCUGAGUGUCUAAAGGAGGCUUCCAGUCAGGCCGUGUCCCUGCCUCCCCAGUUCUCUGUGCAGAAGCUUUUUGAUCAGAUCAGAGAAGCUCUGAGGUUCAACACUGCAAUACUGGAGGCUUCUGACAAACUGCGUCGCCAUGGCGUGGCCACUUGUGUGCUGGGCAAUAGCUGGGUGGAUGACUCUGAGAAGCGGGAUUGGAUGGGCCUGGUCCUCUUGGUCCUGCAGCUGCACUUUGACCUGGUCUUUCAGUCCUGCCGUACAGGGGCCCGACUCCCCGACCCCACCCUGUUCAGCCACGCCCUGCAGCGGCUCGGUGCCACACCCCAACAGGGGGUAUUUGUGGGCGCUGUGGUUUCAGGGGGUAUUUGUGGGCGCUGUGAUUUCAGGGGGUAUUUGUGGGCGCUGUGGUUUCUGGGGGUAUUUGUGGGCGCUGUGAUUUCAGGGCGUAUUUGUGGGUGCUGUGCUUUCAGGGGGUAUUUGUGGGCGCUGUGGUUUCUGGGGGUAUUUGUGGGCGCUGUGAUUUCAGGGCGUAUUUGUGGGUGCUGUGCUCAGGCGGUAUUCGUGAGCUCUGUGGAGGAGAGCGUGGCAGCAGGUCGAGACAUUGGCAUGGCUGUGGUCCUGAUGGACGACUCCAAUGAAGCCUUGAAGCAUCUGCAGUGCCUCACAGGCAUGCAGGCCAUAUUGGUAAGCUCUGUAGAGGAGAGAGAGACAGCAGGGAAGAAGAUCGGCAUGGGGAUGUGCCUGACUGAAGACCCCAAUGAAGCCAUGCUGCAGCUGCAGUCCCUCUCAGGUGUAGAGCUGUUGAGCUCUGAGGAAACAUGUUCUCUUUGCUGUAAUCCUGAAGAUGUCCCCCACUGCUUUGUCACCAUUAAGCCUGGGCAUCAGGUGCACUAUGUGGACAUGGGGGAGGGGCCUGCUGUUCUCCUGUGUCACGGUUUUCCUGACAGCUGGUUCUCCUGGAGAUACCAGAUCCUAGCACUGGCUGAAUCAGGCUUCAGGGUUCUGGCCCUGGAUAUGAAAGGCUAUGGGGACUCCUUAGCGCCUCCUGACAUUGAGGAGUACUCACAGGAGCAGCUGUGCCAGGGGAUCGUCCAGGUGACACUGGUGGGGCAUGACUGGGGCGGCAGCCUGGUGUGGAAUAUGGCUCAGUGCCAUCCUGAGAGAGUCAGAGCUGUAGCCUCACUGAACACGCCUCUCUUCCUUGUGGAUCCAAACACCAACCCCAUGGAGAGGCUGAAAGCCAAUCCCACCUUCAACUACCAGAUUUACUUCCAGACACCAGGCGUAGCAGAGGCUGAGCUGGAGAAAGAUCUGGCGAGGACCUUUAAAAUCAUGUUCAGAGAUGCUGCUGGUAACGUGGGGAAAGGUCUGACUCUAAGCUCAGCGAAUGUCUGUGAAAGAGGUGGGCUGUUUGUGGGGUUGCCAGAUGACAUUCCCCUCAGUCCUAUUCUCAGUGAGGAUGCUCUGCAAUACUAUAUCAAACAGUUCAGCAAGACAGGCUUCAGAGGGCCUCUGAACUGGUACCGUAAUACAGAGAGAAACUGGAGAUGGAUGUCUUCCAGGCCAAGGGGGAAGAUACUGAUGCCCUCCCUGAUGGUGACGGCAGGGAUGGACCAGAUCCUCCUUCCCAAAUUCUCCAGCGGCAUGGAGACCAUGAUACCCAACUUAACGCGAGGGCACAUUGAAGACUGUGGCCAUUGGACCCAGAUUGAGAGGCCUGUUGAACUCAAUAAGAUUCUGCUCUCCUGGCUGAAGGACGUGCAUCAGAAAGCUGCCAUCCCGCUGUGCCCAAAGCUGUGAAACCUCUGACUCACCAUGCAUGGACCAAUCAGCAGGGAGAGUAAACAUGCAUGGACCAAUCAGCAGGGAGAGUAAACAUGCAUGGACCAAUCAGCAAGGAGAGUAAACAUGCAUGGACCAAUCAACAGGCAGAGUAAACAUGCAUAGCCCAAUUAGGAAGGAGAGGCAGAUAUUACAUGUUUAAUUGCUUGUGAGAGAUAUCACAGAUGUUUUAUUAAUUGAUGCACUGUCCCAUCCUUUGCUAAGGUCUAGUGUUUGAGCAACUGCUGAACACUGUGCCUUUGCUAAGGCCUAGAGUUGAAGUAUCUGCGGUAUAAUUUCCCUUUCUAAUUAUUCAUUAAAAAGCUUCAAAUA